CUUACUUUAUAUUUUGGGAGUGAAAAAGUGAGACUGCUGUUAAGUUAACAAAUAGCAAACACGAUCAAGUUGGUUGUUGUUUUUGCCUGUUUGCUUUGCUUCUUGUUAAACCCGCUACGUGAUUAAAAAGUUAUGUUUCAGUUUGAUACACGGGCUACAAUCUUCGAACAUUUUUUUUCGUCGUUCGACUCUAUGGCUUACAUGUAGAUUUUGACACUUCUUCACCCCUCUGUCGCACUCCCCACCCCCUUUGAUACCGUACACUGUAAUGACAAGUGAGUGACACUAUGGAUCAGUUCAGUUCAAGUGUCGAUCGAGUGAAGUUUUGCGUUGAUUAAUUUCCGUAGCUUAUCCUCUCAAUAUCUUAACUGUAACAGUUUUCUAAAACCCAGAACCAGAACAAUGUUUAAUACAUGCAGUGUUAUGGGUUGUGAGAGUAGACGAAGGGACGUUGCAUUUUAUAAAAUACCCAAAUCUGAGACAGGACUCCUUUGGUUAAAGUGCUUGAAGUUGAAACAUUUACAAAAUUUCAAUUCUGUACAACUUGAUAAGUGCUUUGUGUGUGCCAAACACUUUGAAAAGCGGUGGGAUAUACUGUACUUCCAGGGCCCAAAAGUAAAAACUUCACAGUUUUGUUGGUUGUAAUUUCGCAUUUUUGUUGUUAAAAAGGUUUCUGUUAACCACAUUAUUAAAAAAAAUGUCACACUUAUGCACGGGUAGUUUUUUAGAAAAAAAAUAUUGAAAAUUUUUACUUUUCUUAUCAAGUGGUGAUACUUCACACUAGGUUAGGUUAGGUUAGUGUUGUGACCAUAACGCGCGAGCCGAGCGAGCAAAGCGAGCGUGCCGCGGCAGCGGCCGGCGAAGCGCCAGAAAAAAAAAUCUAUUAAAAAGACCUUUUCUACAAAAAAAAACAAGUAUCACCUUUUGGGCCCUGGAAGUACAGUUUUACCAAGCGGUGCUUUACAAGUUCACAACUAAGAUCUCGGUUGCAUCAAAGUGCCAUCCCAACAUUGUUCACGGAGAGUGAGAUUAAUAAUGCAGUUCCUGAUGAAACCGGGAAUGUGAGCUAUGCGGCUGCAGAACUUAUCGAUCAUGACUAUUCAAGAAAAAGGAAGCAUCAAGAUCAUUCUUACUGUAAAGUUGAAAUUGUGAAGAAACAGAAGCAGUCACAAACUGUAUUUGUGCCUACUGCUAGUACUUCCAUGUACGAACCACAAUCUUGUGAGAAUCUAUCAACCACAGUAUCCAUGCCCUGUCCAACUACUUCCACGCACAAAGUACAAUAUUAUGAAAAUCAACCAACUUCAGGUACCAUAGAAGCAAAAACACCUAAACGAAAGUAUAUUGUUCAUAAAGCAAAAACUCUUUCACCAAAAUGUGCCAAUCUCUACAAGGAGUUCACCAGGGCUCGUAGACAAUUAAAUUUCAGCCGCAGAGCUAGACAAGCAAUGAAAUUUUCAAAAAAAGAAUCUUUUGAAAAAUUAACUCAGAAUAUGAAUCCUGUUACCAAGAAACUUAUGUGGUUGCAAGUAAGGCAGUACACUAAGUCUUCAAGAGGCCGUCGCUUUACCCAGGAGGAAAAAUUAAUAGGGCUGUCGAUAAUGAAGCAAAGCCCGAAGUGCUACAAAUUUUUGCAAAAGAUUUUCAUUUUGCCCUCAAAACACACUAUUAAUAAAAUGAUCUCCAACUUAAAAGUCGAACCAGGGCUAAAUCCUCAAAUAUUUGAAGCUGUGAAGAAAGAGGUUGCAACUUGGGAAGAGAAAAGAAAAUUUUGCUCUAUACUGUUUGAUGAGGUGGCUUUAGACUCAGGGGUCAAUUAUAAUAGAUACAAGGAUGUCAUUAAUGGCUUUGUCCAUUUAAAUGAAAGAAUUAAUGAAUAUGCAGAUCAUGCCCUGGUCUUUAUGUUGAGAGGUGCUGUUCACAAAUGGCAGCAACCUAUCACAUUUUUCUUUUGUAAAGGAGCAACUUCAUCAUACCAACUGAAGAAAAUUAUGAAAGAUUUAGUGACAGCAGUGUCAAAUGCAGGGCUAAUACCAUUAGCUCUCAUAUGUGACCAGGGCACAUCUUUCGUGGCCUCUCUGAAAAGCCUGCAAGAGGAAACAAAGAGAGAACAAAGCAUUUGUAAUGAAAUAACUGAUUGCAAUCAUGCUCAAAUUAGAUUACUGCACAAAUUGAACGACGAGCAUGUGAUUCCAGAAAAAAUUAAAAAGAUGAAGGUCAAAAACUGUGUCAGAGUUUUAAGUAAAACAGUGGCAGCAACUUUAGCCUACACUGCUCAGUUUUCUCACUACGCUGAUGGAAGAGAGGUCAGCUCAACUUUGAAAAACACUGCAGAUACAGUUUCCUUUUUCGAUGACCUCUUUGACUCAGUAAACGGCGCAAGUCUUUUCAAUAAUAAAGCUAAAGGCAAAUUACUACGACGUGCAGUGACAACAACAUCACAACAUCAUUGCUUCUGGAAGCAAGCCAUCACAAGACUAAAAAAUAUCAGAUUUGUUGAUAAAAAUGGAAAAGAAACAUCUGUGCCUUCAUUGAAAAAUUGGCUAACUACACUCCAAAGUUUUCAAAGAUUGUGGAUUUUUUUCAACUUAAGGGAUUAAAUAUUAUGCGCCCCCGCUACUUUAAUUCCGAUCCCAUUGAAAAUUUUUUCGGUCAAGUGCGGGCGUAUAAUUUUAGAAAUAACGAUCCAAAUUGCCACACCUUCACCAAUACAUUUAGGUCGCUAUUAGUAACAAGGUUUAUUAAAUUUCAUUCCGAAUCUUUUAAUUGUGAAGAGGAUUCAGGUGAACAGUUAUUAAAUUUACAAAGUCUGUUUGAACCAAUACAAGAAGAUACAGGCUCUUCGUGCACAACUAGUGCAAAUAAUCUUGUACUCCACGAUGAGUCUUCUUGUGUUGGUUCAGAUGGGCAUGAAACUAAUAUAUCACCUGAGUCCUCUAAUAGGGUUUUAUUAUCCGCUCUACAAGAACGUCUCAACGUCCACUCACGUGCUUAUACGACAGGGUGGGUCAUAAGAAAAAUAUUAAAUAAAAUAGAAUGCAUUGAUUGUAAAAACGACUUAACAUCAAAAGAAUCUAAUGUAGAUAAACAUGCGUUAAACAAUUGGAUUUCCAUAAGAGAAUAUAAAAGUAUCAAAACAAAGAAAUUGACCUACCCAUCAGAGCAAGCAGUGAGGUUAUUUAGUUUAAUAAAUGAGGAAACAAACAUAUACUUGGAAGAUCAGCCUCAAAACUAUAAUUUAAUAAAAACGCUGAAAUCAAACAUUCGCUCCAAGUUUAUGUUUGAUUUUCUUAAGUGCGCUGUUCACAAGCAUGCGGUACUAGAUCUCUUUUUAGAAUUUACUUUAAUAUUAACUAUCCAUAAUUGGUGUAGCAUUAUUAAUAAAAUCUUAAAAGGCACAGAUGUACAUCGCCUACAAAAUAAAACGUUGCCUGUUAUGCAAUUAAAAGCCUUGAAUAAAUAUAAAACAAAAUUGAAAAAUAAAAAAA